AUGAUUAAAAAUUCUCUACUAUUUCAAUUUGAUAAAGAAAAACUUGGUGGAAAACUUUCUGAUUCUGAUAAAACAUCAAUUGAAUCAGCAGUUGAAGAACAAAUCAAAUGGCUUGAAUCAAAUCCAAUGGCUGAAGUUGAUGAAUUAAAAGAACAUAAAAAACAACUUGAAGAAGUUGUAACACCAAUUAUGACAAAAUUAUAUGGACAAGGUAGUGGUGCCGGUGAUGCUGGUGAUGUUCCACCACAUUCUUCACAUGGACAUGAUGAUGAUAGUUUAUAA